CUGCGCGAGCGGUGCCAGCUGCCCACCUACAUGAAGUGCCCCGCGCCGCGCUGCACCGAGGCGUUCAACGGGCCUGAUGCCUGGGACCACCGCAUGGAGCACGUCGCGCGGCACCUGGAGAAGGCCGCGCUCGGGCAGGAGCAGGCCGUCCUCUUUGGCGGGCCGGCGGACCCCUCGCUGAUGGGCUGGGCCACCAAGAGCGACGUCGCCAUCGUGCGGCCCGUGGGCCAGGGCGGCUGGCUGCUGAACAACCCGCUCCAGGCGGCGAGCGGCGGCAGGGGCGUGGGGAGGAAGAGGGACGUGACCACGCCGGCGUUUCCGAGCCUCAGCACCGCGUCGUCCGUGUUCGACAGCGGCAACUCCAGGGCUGUGUCCUUCUCGGUCGGCGAGCUGAGUGCCGCGGCGUCGGUCAAGAGCGAGAUCUUUGUCGAUGAGGGGGAUGAGGAUGCUGAAGGGGAGGAUGAAUGAUGAUAAAAUCGCCCGCAACAUUCUCUCUCCUUAGGUCUUUUGUUGUCUCUUUGCCCUACCCUUUCUCUAUCCCCGCUUCUUUUUCUUUUUUCCUGCAAUUUCUUUUCGCGAUGAUCAAGAUGUCUGGAUAGUUAUACCCUAUUUCCCAUGUCCUCUUAUUUAGUCUAUAGUUGGUUACUUACUUCGGUACUGUGUAUUACUCAAAAGGAAAAAAAAAGAAAAAAGAAGGGGAUGGUGUAACGAGGGGAAAGAAGGGAAGAAAGAAGAAGAAGAAGAAAAAAGCAGGUUGAUUAAGCACUUUUGUCUCUUCCAACAAAACACACGCUGUUUGCUAGCUUGCAGAACCCAACUUUUGCUUUUCUCGGGGUGCAGUCGUCUUUCUGGUUUCCGUUUUUUAUGACACAUCAUGAUCAACAGUGCACAAAAAUCUGUCACUACAUUGGCAAGCACAUACAAUUGCAGAGAAUAGCAAGAGAACACUUUUUGUAUUGCCC